UUCCGGGGCGGGCCGCGGUGGCGGCGGCGCGGGGGCUGCCGGGAAGGCGGCAUGGCCCAAUAGGCGGCGGGCGGCGGCGCUCGGCCUGCGCCUGGUGCUGCGGCGGGCGGAGCUAUGGAUCCAAGCUUAUUGAGAGAGCGAGAGCUAUUCAAAAAGCGUGCCCUCUCCACACCGGCAGUAGAAAAACGUCCAGCGCCAUCUUCUGACUCCUCUUCUUCAAAAAAGAAGAAAGCAAAGGUAGAGCAAGGUGGCUCAUCAAGCUCAAAGCAAAACACAGAUCACAGCAAUGGAUCAUUUAACUUGAAAGCCCUUUCAGGAGGCUCUGGCUACAAGUUUGGAGUCCUUGCUAAAAUAGUGAAUUAUAUGAAGACUCGGCACCAGCGUGGUGAUACGCAUCCAUUAACCCUAGAAGAGAUUUUGGAUGAAACACAGCAUUUAGAUAUUGGACUCAAACAGAAACAAUGGUUAAUGAGCGAGGCUCUAGUCAACAAUCCGAAAAUAGAAGUUGUAGAUGGGAAGUAUGCUUUCAAACCCAAGUACAAUUUGAAAGAUAAAAAGGCUCUGCUCAGGCUCUUGGACAAGCAUGACCAGCGAGGGCUGGGAGGAAUCCUUUUAGAAGAUAUUGAGGAAGGGCUACCCAAUGCACAGAAAGCUAUAAAGGCUUUAGGGGACCAGAUCAUCUUUGUUAAUCGCCCUGAUAAGAAGAAAAUUCUUUUCUACAAUGACAAGAGCUGUCAGUUUACUGUGGAUGAAGAGACAGGCCAGCCCGCUGCAUCCCCUGCCUGGCCAGCCAGAAGCAUGGACGCUGCUCCAGAGGUGGUGGAGCACAGUAAUUGGGUCAUCACUUGCCAUUUCCUCCUCCCUGGCACCUCUCGUGAGCUACUGCUUUUAAGGAGUGGUGCCCCCCUUUGCUCAGAGCCACACAGCAAAGGCCAGGGUGGCAGGAUUUCAAAUUCCCCUCAAAGAAGUUGGAGAAAUUUCUUCCUGUCUUGGGUCAAGGGUAUGAAUUUUGAGGUGCAGAAAUACCACAGCUACAAAUGGAGACGGUUGUUUCUUGAGAGCUGUAGUAUUGCCAGCUUUUGCCAUAGGUUAUCUUAUUUCAGAGGGGAUGUCACAGUAAUUCGGUAUACACAGUAGUGUAUUCCCAAGGUCUAAACUUUAACUAGCUCAUAGGGGCAUAGUCCUUGGAGACUUCUGAAUAAAUCUGACGGGUAAUGUGGAAACGGUUCAGUGCCAGCCAGGCAGCUGCUCUCUUUCUUCAGUUCUUGCAUUUAGCUCAGGGUGUGGUGUUAGACCAAAUGGGUUUUGUGAUGAGAUGAUAGAUGCAUCUCCUUUCCCCUUUAGAUGGCACCCUAAAUGCAAACAGCUAGUAUGCACAGCCAUCUGAAGGGUGGCAGCUCUCUGUUCUUCUCCACCUUUAUCCUGUGGUUUUAGUUCUGAACCAAUUCUUUAACAAGCAAUAUUUCUGCAGGGGGGACUGUGGUGUUGUGCCUCCUGCCUUUCCUAGGCAAUAAGGUAUUUUAAUGCCUUACGUGGAGCUUCAGCAUGGGAAGAAGGUUGCCGUAACUGCAAUCAAAGCAAUAUUGCUGAAAGCAGCCUGAUUUAUGAAGGAAUUUUUGAAUGGAGUUGCAGAAUACUGUCUAGUGACUCUGGUGGGGCCAGUUAGUGGAUUAAAUUAUCUGGAUGUAAAGUCCAUUUUAGCUUUGUGGUUUUCAUUCUUGGUGACUUUUAUAUUCAUAUUUCUUGGCCAAGUUUAAAAGGUGAAUGAGAAUCUGUAAUGAUGGUAUAACCGCUGCAUUACAAGAAAUGCAAAAUGCUGUGGUUAGAUAUUAACUGUGAUCUGCACUUCUGUGCAUGUUGAUCCUUGAAGAGCUGACCAUUUGUUUUCUAGUGUUUAAUUUUUCACUUCUGUUCCCCAGAAGAAUGUAGACCAGUUUAACCUUAAGCACCAAUCCUCAGCCUUUCCCCCGCCUCCACCCAGGCAUAUUUGUCUGCAUAUCAUGAACUCUAAGAAGGAGUUUAUGUGUUUAUUAUCUGUGUCAUUGUACAUUACAAACAUUAUCUGUGUUUGUAGCAGAAUGUUACAAAUAAAAGGACACUGUCCUGUGAAAGUUCAGAGUUAUCAAGUCUCUUAUCUGCUAUCACCUCGUGUACACGUGCCUGUUGUGCAUCUUGGAGGACUGACCUGCAUCUCUUCAGCUUCUGCAGCAGGCAUCUGUGCAGAGCCAAAGGCAGGAUAGUACAACACAACGUUAAAAGUGUCUCUGACUGGGAUCUGUUUAAUAGUCAUGCAUUUAUGUGCAGCCUUGUCACUUCACGCAUGAACUGCACAAAUGCAUCAUUUGAAAUAUGGUUACUCACAAAGUGCUAUAGUGCGUUUGCACCAUCGUCUGAUUCAUCUUCCCAAGUGCCAUGCUGGGUCUUGGUGUCCAGCUGAGUCUAGCUUGGGUGCUGAGGACAGAGAGGGGGCAUGAACAGAAAGGAGAUAGCUUGAAAGAGCAAUUUUUGCUCAGUCUGGAGGAUGCAAUAGGACCCUUGUGCAGGCUUCUGCUUGUAAGACUUGAUCUGAGUGCUCAUCGCUCUUGCCUGUUCAGCUUUGAUCAUAACGUAACCUUUUCCACCUGCCACAACAGGAUUAGCUGAGAGAUGAUCCGCGAUAGUAGGCACUGCAAGCUAUUCCGAAAGCCCGGAAUCACACUCAAAAUGGAUGAGCAGACAGAAUGUCUUGACUACAGCGUCAGUCCUGGCAUUCAGCUAUCUGAAAACUACAGUUUUGAGUGAUCCUGCUGUGCUGUGUAGUCUGUAUGAGAAACAGGCUGCGCGCUAUCUCCACGUAACCCAGAGCGGUGUUUGGACAGGAUUUGGUUCUCUUCAGAAACGCUGCAUUACCAAAAAUGAACAUUAUUGUUGUUCACUGGCAAAAUUCCUUUCUUUUGUUUCCUGAAAAGCUUGAACAGCCCCUUACUGUUGGCAGUGGGAAGAAAAGAAAGAAAGACCUGAGACUUAAAGCAUGUGCUUUCAUGGAAAAACAAGAUGCAUUAGGAAGGGAACGGGUCCAAGUGCAGAAACCAAGUCUGUUGGGUACACCUUUUGUAAGGUGCCGUUUUGUUAGUGUAUCUAGAGCAAAUAUAUCUGGCAGACCGUUAUCACUGGAGUGUUUCAUCGCCUGCUGCAUAGGACAGCUUCUUCAGCAUGCAGAAGUUGUGGUUGUUUUGACAACUGUAUACUAAAUUUAUCUGGAAAUAAAGGGAAAAAUUUAAUCUUG